CGUCGCCUCCCGUCAUAUGCUAGCUGCCUUCCAUGUCAUGGAGCGUCCAUGUACUACAAACAUAUGACAGACCAUCACAGACCAUCACAGACCGAUCUAUCCAAGAAAACACGAUUCAAGGAGGCGAGCCAUCCAUCAUCCAUCAUCGAUUGGCUGGUGGUGCCCCAAGGGAUCCACGCUCAGCCUCAGCCUGAGCUUCACGCCCUGAUCCCCGUCUCCGUCUCCGUCUCCGUCUCCGUGUACUGAGCCGUCAAGUCAGUUAGUCAGUUCAUUAGCAUGAUGGACAUGAUGGAGGCCGAGACGGACCUGGUGUCCCCAGAGACUCAGGCGCCGGCCGCCUUACCACACACCACAGAGCCAGCCCAUUCAGGCCCCACUUCGCCGGGGUCUUCGGCGGGGUCUUUGGCCGGGUCUUUGGCCGAGGUGGACUUGGGCUCAGCGUUGGAGCCUGGGACACCGGAUGGGAUGUCUAGGAUGUCGACCCAGGCCCAGACCCAGGCCGACCCGCAGGCCCAGGAGGCGGUGGCGCCGCCCAGUCCGGGCGUGACCGCCUGUCCGAGCCAACUCGAGGCGUGGGAGCGCGAGCGCGGUCAAUUAACGGCCGAGCUCUUGGCCCAGCAACACAAUGCCGACAAAUUGGAGAAGGCGCUGGCCCAAAUCAAGGCUCAACUCCACCAACGAGACCAGGCCUUGGAGGCCAGCCAGCAAGAGGCCGACACGCGAUAUCAAAGCCUUCAAGAAGAAACCCGGGCUCGAGUCCAGCAGUUCAAGCAGCAAUUCCAAGCCGCCAAUCGCGACAAAGAGGCCAUGGUCAUGAAGUACGCCUUGGGUGAAUCCGAGGUUAUUCGCCAAAGAAAGGCCAAGGAAGAUGCCGAACGCAAGCUCAAGCUCGCCCUCAAGGACAACGAAGAUCUCCAGGCUAGGAUCAAAGUUUGCCAAACGGAUCGGACCAAAGCUCAACAAGUAGCCGAUUCUCGCCUCCAAGAUCUGACCGCGUUGCGCAAGGAUAUUGACCGUUGGAAGGAGGAGGUCCGGGUCCAAGAGUCCAAGGCGUGCGCAGCCUCGGCCCGAUUCAAGGCCGAAGUCGAUGCUCAUCGAGAGACCCGGGAUCAACUCGAUAACACCAUCCAGCAUUUGACCGAGACCCGACAAGAGAUCGAGCUCACCCGCAAAGAGUGCCAAGACUUUAUGAACAACAUCCGGCAAGACGAGCAGAAUAAAGUGCGAUUGGAACAAGUGUCCCAAAAAGAGCAAAGUGCCAAAUUGAUCAUCGAUGCAGCCGCCGCCACGGAAUUAGGCUCCUUGCGAGACAAGUACCACAAAUUGAUCGACGAGAAUAACGGGCUGUCGGUUCGGAUUCAGAAAUUGGAAACCGAUCGACAUGAGAGCGAUGCGCAAAUCGCUCGCCUCAAAGACAUGGUGGCUUCGCAAAAGCGAGAGAAUGGCGGCCUCAUCGCUCAAGUGGCCGAACUCGAGAGUCUCAAGCUGCAGCUCCAAAAGGUACAGGACCAGUUGGAGGCUAAAGCGCAGGCGUGUCGAGAUCUGGAGGUGGACGUGAAUGAGCUCAACGCGGACAUGAGCUCGUGUCGACUGAAGGAAGCGGAAUUGCUCGAGUUCACCCAGAAGCUCACCGACAAGAACGUGAUCCUCCAAUCGAGUCUGGCCGCCCUCGAGGCCAAAUCCAGUGCCUUGGAAGGCGAGCACUCGAGGUUGGUGGCAAAAAUGGGCGAGCUCGAGAUGGCGUGCGCUCAAUUGGGCGUGGAAUUGGACGAGGAGAGGCGCAACCGGAGGCUGGAGACGGAGUUGUUGGUGAAGAAGUUGGCCGAGGAAACACGGCGCGUGAGUGUCCUCAAUCAAGAGACCCUGGAUGCCCAGAACGAGGUCACGGUGCUCAAGCGGAAGAACGCGGCCAGCUUGAAGGAGCUCACCAAGGAGCUUCAGAUCAGUCAGAAGCACCUGGAGGCCCUGCAAGGCGGAUCGAAUCACGACAUGGAUUCCUCUUUGAGUCCGUCGUCUCGAGCUUCAUCGAGUGCCUCGCUCAACAAUCCGGAUCACUCCAGUCCCAAUGGAUUAGUGAUGAUCUCCACGGCAGCCGCCAACAACCAUUUGCAGAGUAACUCGACCAAUGUUUUGUUUCCCGAUGCUUCUGGAUGGUUCAAGUCAAACCGGGGUUUUCCGUUUGGAUUUCAGAAGCAAGCCAUGUUGGUACCUGAUAGUCAGGUCAUGGUUGAGAAGAUCCUCAAGCUUCAGGGCAAGUUGGCCAAGAAAGCGGAGAAGGUCGAGUUCAUGGAGGAACAUCUGUCGACGCUCUUGGAAGAGAUCAAGAAGAAGAACAAAAUCAUCCAAGGUUACGUGAUGAAUCAAGAGCCCGGGGCCCUCACGCCUGAGGCCAUGGACAACAAUAAGAGAAAGAUCUCUCAGUCUGGCGGAAUCAUGGCUUCCCUCUACUCUUCCAAAACAAGUGAUUCUAAUAUGACUCUGGAGCUCUCAUUGGAAAUCAACCAGAAGCUCCAAGCAGUUCUUGAAGAUACCUUGCUGAAAAAUAUCACGUUAAAGGAAAACAUCAACACCUUGGGCAAUGAGAUCGCUAAGAUUGCAUCCAAACCAAGUUGAAGAGAUAUGAUCUGAAAAUUUUUAUUGAUCUGACCAACUCAUCUGUGAUCCCCUGUUCUGCCGUGAAUUCUGUUGUCUCACAAGACUGGCACAGAAGUUGAAUAAUCAUGGCCUCGAUGUUAAUAAAGUGUUUGUUAUUACCAGAGUCUACCCACUACUACUACUACACCGUAGACUACCCCAUGAAAAAGU